AAAAUACAAUUCUUGCCGGUCCCAGCUUUCCAAUGUGUGUGCUGGUUCUUGACUCUCAUUUUGGUUCUGGCGGUUUGGAGCUCACGAAACGCCCCCAUUUAGUUACUCCUAGCCUAGGUUGGCUGUAAUAAUACGCACCACUCUUGAUUUAUUUGGGCUUCUUUCUCGACAAAUAGUUAUUACUGAAAAAGUGGAGCAGGGUGGCAAAUAUAACAUGCAGCCCACGGCCAAACAGAAUUUUAUAUAUUUAACCUCCAGUUCUUUGGCUCAGCGGGUAAAGGAACCCGCUAACACUGACGAGCCGAAUUUGAUCACCGGAGCGGAGCCACGCGGUGAAAGGAGAGAAGCGCCUCCUGCACUGUCAUCUGCCUUCCACAUGCUCCCACGCACACAUAAAUGUAAAAAAAAAAAAAAGAGAGAAAAAAGAAAAUUAAGCUCCCAAACUUCAGUUCUUUAGCUGUGCGGUCAUAGUUUAUACGCCAUUCCCCUUUAAAACGCUGAGUCAUUUUUUAGUCAUGGAGGACGCUUAUAAUUCAAGAGUAUCUUGGCGUGUACAUCUUUAUCCAUGUGCACCAUCCUCGGAGGGCACACUGCAUGCCGCAAAAUGGAUAGAAGGUGGGCCGCCCGCACAGCUUCUCUGCGACAACCACCAGCCCUCCACGCGGAAACUGGGCCGCCAUUGACCGCCUUCUCCAAGACCCGGCACCGAGCGACAACUGCGCAGGCGCCCAAGCCCACAGGGCGGAAGCGGAAGCGGAAAGCUGCGUACGGCGUGUGGACGAUUCAGCGGCCGGCAGCCAUGCGCGGCUUGGCGGAGCGGGGUUCCUGCACCCCAGCGGCCCCGUGCGGGUGCACUCAGCCGGCUCUGGAGACAGGAAAUCUUUUAACUGAGCCAAUAGGCUACUUGGAGUCGUGUUUCUUGGCCAAGAAUGGUACUCCAAGGCAGCCGUCCAUUUGCAGCUACUCCAGAGCCUGCUUGAAGAUCAGAAAGAGCAUCUUUAAUAAUCCUAAGCAUUCCUUGAUGGGCCUGGAACAGUUUUCUCAUGUUUGGAUUUUGUUUGUUUUUCACAAAAACGGCCAUUUGAACUACAAGGCAAAAGUACAGCCGCCUAGGUUGAAUGGGGCAAAGACUGGAGUGUUCUCCACAAGGAGCCCACAUCGCCCUAAUGCAAUAGGACUGACGCUGGCCAAGCUGGAGAAGGUGGAAGGUGGCGCUGUGUUCCUGUCUGGAAUUGACAUGAUCCAUGGCACGCCCGUUCUAGACAUAAAGCCCUACAUUGCUGACUAUGACACACCACAGAACUUGGAGCCUCUGGAGGACUCGAAUGUGCAGCAUAAGCCUAGGGCCGCAUCUCAGUCUGAUGGCACAGCUGACAGUUGUGACCAGCGGCUGCUCCCAGGGUGUGAGAACGCACUGCACUGCCAUAGCGCUGAGGAGAAACUGAAGUGCCUUGAAGACGGGACCCCAGAAGACACCUCCCAGAAGCCCAGAGAUGGCACAGAAACCUGGCACGCUUUGCGUGGGGACAGAGAGAGAACGGUGGGUGUGGCGCUGGAAUCAAGCAGAAGUGCCGGUGUGGAUGUGGCUGAAGAGCAGUGUGGCCCACAGGAUCUGAAGAACUUUCUGGACAAAGGCACAGAUAGGUCAAGGAACAUAGACCAUGCCGUGGUCAAGGGGAACAAUGCAGAGACACAGUGGGCUUCCUUUCAUGCCAGGACAGCUGACAGAGUGCCCUGUAGUGUCGUCCCUGCCUGGGUGAAGGAGGCCCCUGCAGCCUCGUUACAAGUCCGGUUUACUCCUCAUGCGGAGAUGGACCUGAGGAAGCUAAGUUCAGGAGAUGCGGGUCAGGUGUCAUUUAAAUACUUCCAGUCUGCAGAAGAAGCCAGGUGUGCCAUCGAGGCCCUGCUGUCGGCAGACCCCCGGUCUGUGUAUCGGCGGAAGCUCUGCCAGGACCGCCUUUUCUUCUUCACUGUUGACACGGCUCAUGUCACCUGCUGGUUUGGCCAGGGCUUUGCUGAGGUUCUGCAGAUUAAACUGGCUUCUGAGCCUGUUGAGAUGACUGACCCUGAGGAGUCCUUGGUGGCCCUGGGGUCUUGAGCCCCAUCGGGUGUUUAGACGGCCUAGUUGACCUCUGGGUGUAGCUGCUUUUGUCCUCUUACUGCUUCAGUUGGUGCCUUUUACAAUAUUUAUUUCAAGGAAACUGUUUGAUUUUGGUUUUGGUUUUGAUUUUUCAAGACUAUUUUCUGUGUAGCCCUGGCUGUACUGGAACUCCAGGAUAGACCAGGCUGACCUCAAACUCACAAAGAUCCACCUGCCUCUGCCUCCACUGUGUGCCCUCAUGCCCGGUGAAGGAAACGUGUGUUCAUCAACGUCCCCGAGAGCUGUGAAGCACAGCGUCCCCACCGUGUGCUUUCCUCCAGUGCCGCAGACUCCCAAAGCCUGGAAACUCUCAUUACUAGUGCUUGACACAGAGAACAUUCUCCUUUAUUUUAUUGGUUUUUCAAGAUAGGGUUUCUCUGUUAACUCUGGCUGUCCUGCUCUCUAGACCAGGCUGGCCUUGAACUCAGAGUCACCAGCCUGUGCCUCCUGAGUGCCGGGUUUCCACGUCACAGCUGAUCCAUUCAUCAGUUCACACUGACUUCCCCACUCAAGAGCCUGUGGUAAUUCACACUGAGUUACAGUGUCUUAGGUGACCACAGCAAUCUUUAUGGAUUAAAUUCCGGCUUUGGAGGGACCUUGUUACACACACAUGCAAAUAACAAAUCUGAGCUCCUUGAAUAUCCCUAGUCAGAAAGGAAAACUACCCCCUCCCCCAUCUCAAGAAAGUGGCUAUUGGUUUGUCUCUGACUCUGCUAAGAAGCCAUGACUCAGCUUUUGGUGAUUACCAUGAGCCGAACAAAAUGUGGGGCAGAGUUCAAGGCACACACUCACUUAGCCCAGGCUGUCCUGGGACGCUGAUCCUCUUGCCUCGGUCUCCUGGUCUCUGAUGCACUUGUGUCGCAAGUCAAGGUUUGUGGAGGAAGUGGACGCGCGUGCCGGAGUGGAUACAGUUUGAUAAACUAAUUAACACCGCACCGUUGCGUGCCGAGCAGGAAGCAAUUACAGGGGUGUGUGGCCUGUAGGUGAUUUUAAUGAGGCGAUCUGAGAUAACUGAAGAUACUCUUUCCUAAUCACAGCUGCAGAUCUCAGCUGAUUGAUCAUGGUUUGGAACCAGCCCAUGGCCUGUGGGAACUUGUGCAGCUAUUGGCUGACGCCAUCCCACUCCUGAGCUGGCUGCUGGGGUAGCUGUUGUUUCCUUUGACACUGCUUACAGUGUUUUCUGACAAGAUCUUAAAUUUGAUUUUUCUAAAGCUUGUUUUUUUUCUUCUGAAAUAUAGACUGUAAGAAGUUGUGAAAAUAACCCAGAGGUCUCUUCUAGCCUUUCUGAUCCAGUGGAAACAUCUAAAAGUAUAUUAUAGUAUUAUAAUAUUAUAAUAGUGCUUGGCAUUGGUAGGGCCUAUCUUGUAGUCUGCUUUUGAUGCCUCUUUGUGUGUGUUUGUGUGGGUGUAUGUUGUGUGGAUAUGUGCACAUGUAUGUGGAAUCCAAAAAUGGUAUCCACAUUUAAAAAAAUAUUACUAUGAUAAAACCCAGGGCUGUGUUGCCAGCAAUCAGGAGGCAGAGGCAGGCGGAUCUCUGUGAGUUCGAGACCAGCCUGGUCUACAGAGCUAGUUCCAGGACAGGCUCCAAAGCCACAGAGAAAUCCUGUCUCGAAAAACAAAACAAAAAACAAACAAACAAAAAAACCCAGGGCUGCACAGAGAAACCUUGUCUUGAAAACACAAAAACACCAAAACCAAAAAAAAAAAAAACAAAAAAACAAAAAAUAGCAAUAAACCCCUCCUUCCUAGAAACUCAAAACAAAACAAAAGACCCUCGCAGAUAAAUAAAAACAAACCGGGUCUAAUGUCUCUACAAUUUAAUAAACUUCUGUAUAGUUAGAGUUAGCAUUUGGAGUGGAAGCUGUGGUAUUUCUUUUUAUUUCUUUUUUAUUGAUUUUUAUUGAGCUCUACAUUUUCCUCUGCUCCCCUCCCUGCCUCUCCACUCCCCAUUUUAACCCUCCCCCAAGGUCCCCAUGCUCCCAAUUUACUCAGGAGAUCUUGUCUUUUUCUACUUCCCAUGUGGAUUAGAUCUAGGUAAUUCUCUCUUAGUGUCCUCAUUGUUGUCUAGGUUUUCUGGGUUUGUAGGCUGGCUUUCUUUGCUUUGUGUUUAAAAACCACCUAUGAGUGAGUACAUGUGAUAAUUGUCUUUCUGUGUCUGGGUUACCUCACUCAAAAUAAUGUUUUCUAGCUCCAUCCAUUUUCCUGUAAAAUUUAAGCUGUUUUUUUUUUCUGCUGUAUAGUACUCCAUUGUGUAAAUAUACCACAUUUUCCUUAUCCAUUCUUCGGUCAAGGGGCAUUUAGGUUGUUUCCAGGCUCUGGCUAUGACAAACAAAGCUGCUGUGAACAUAAUUGAGCACAUGUCCUUGUGGCACGAUUGAGCAUCCUUUGGAUAUAUACUCAAAAGUGGUAUUACUGGGUCUUGAGGAAGGUUGUUUCCUAAUUUUCUGAGAAAUCACCACACUGACAUUCAAAGGGGCUGACCAGCCUGCAUUCCCACCAACAAUGCAGAAGUGUUCCCUUUCCUCACAACCUCUCCAGAAGCUGUGGAAUUUCACAUUAAGCUUACACGUUCAGUAUUGAAUAUAUUUUUUCUUUCUUUUUUUUUUUUUUAAACAUCGUCUCACUGUCUUGGAACUCACUGUGUAGACUAGACUGGCCUUGAGCUCCUACAGAUACCUGUCUAGCUCCCCCCACCCCAGAUAGGGUUUCCUCUGUGUCACAGCCUUGGCUGUCCUAGAACUCGCUUUGCAGGCUGACCUCAAACUCACCUGCCUCCAAGUGCUGGGAUCAAAGGCAUGCACCACCACUGCCUGCUUGAAUAUAUUUUAUACUCUUAUCCACCACCCAAAUAAAAGAUCUGUGACAGAACAAAUACUCUUAACCACUGAGCUCUCUCCCCAGCCUGUUUCUCUCUUUUAAAAUAAAGAUACCUUUAUUUAGCAUGUAUGCAGUGUUCUGCCUCCAUGUGAUGUGUCCCUGCAGGCCAGAAGGGGGCACCAGAUCUCAUUAAAUGGCUGUGAGCCACCAUAUGGUUGCUGGAAACUGAACUCAAGACCUCUGGAAGAAGCAGUCAGUGCUUUUAACCUCUGAGCCAUCUCUCCAGCCCCCAAGAAUUUUGUACAUAUUUUGAUCCUGUUUAUCCCUCCUCCAAUUCUCAGGUCCACCCCUGCCUUCCCAUCCAACCCCACCCAACUUUGUUUCUUUUUUUAAAAACCCAUCAAGACCAGUUUGUGCUUCCUAAUAAUUGUGGGGGUGUGUUCUUCACUAGACUCUGGUUGACUUCUCAGGGGAUAGAGUCUUACACAAAACUGCCUCUUGCUCUCCCAGCACCUAACGGUUGCUCUCCCAGCACCUAGCUCCAUGGCUAGGGAUAGGAUUCGAUGCUAACUCUCAUCUCUAUGCUGGGAUGGUGACUGGGGCUUGCACAAGGCUCGUGUGUGCUGUCAAAACACUGAGUUCAUAUGUGCAGCUGCCCUGCUGUCUGGAAGAUCAUCUUGUCAUCCUCAUCCUAGCUCCUAGGCUCUUCACAUCCCCUCUUUUGCAAUGGUCCAGGAACUUUGGGAGGGUUGGUGUGCUACAGAUGUUCGUUCCUCUUGGCUUUUGAUUAGGCUUAGAGUAUUCGACAUUAUUAUUAUUUUCUUAAAAAUAUUUAUUUAUUAUGUAUACAAUAGUCUGUCUGUGUGUAUGCCUGCAGGCCAGAAGAGGGCACCAGACCUCAUUACAGAUGGUUGUAAGCCACCAUGUUGCUGGGAAUUGAACUCAGGACCUUUGGUAGAGCAGGCAAUGCUCUUAAACCUCUGAGCCAUCUCUCCAGCCCUCAACAUUAUUAUUUUUAAGAAUGAGACCUAGGGCCAGUGAGGCGCCUCGGCAGGUAGGGUCCUGACCACUUGAGCUUGGCCUGUAGGAUCCAUGGGCUAGGAGGAGAGAACUGACCAUGAUGUUUUCUGACCUUCACACGUGUUCUGUGGCACAUACCUUCACUACUCAAAUACAUACACAGCUGCUACGUAAUAAAUAAAAUGUGUAAUAAUUGUUUACACUGGACUUCACAAUUCACACAGCAAGUUUAAAUAUUUUACCUCAUUUGGUAUUUUAACAAUAUUUCAGAUUGUGUGCGUGGGAGCUAGCUUGCAGCCUGUCAGCAGACUACUGUGGCCCAAAGCCAACUCUCUUUUAUACAUUUUUUUAAUUCACUUUGUGUAUGUGUGUGUGUGUGUGUUUGUGUGUGUGUGUGUAUACACGUACCUGUGUAGAGCCGUACCUGCGGAGGUAGGUGGAUCCUGGGGAUUGAACUCAGAUCACCAAGCCUGCCAGCAAGCUCCAUUAGCUACUGAACCAUCUCACUGCCCCUCCUGUUCUUUUUCUGACUGCUGCUAAGAUUGGUCUUUACAUUGUCAGACAAAGAGUAUAAUAAAAACUACUCAACCAACAAAAACUAAGAAGACACACCUGGCACAUGGACUCCCAGAGCUGGAAACAUUUCUUAACUGGUCCUUUUUGGAAACAUUGGGGCUGCUGACCUAGAGUGUUGGUUCUCUGAACAGUGUUUGAGUUCCAGAAAAGUUAUUUGUGAAUGAAAUUUUCAUGUUACCACAUGAAUACUAAAAUGCUCUUUGUAAUUUAAGAGGGUUUCCAUGGCUGGAAAUUG